GAAAAUAAAUCUAAAUCUUAAGAAGAUGGACGACACAAUCGAGGAUCACAUCACACAAUCGUUGAAUAACCUGCUGGAAAAUGACUUGAAGAAAUUUAAAACCAAGCUAUGUGAAGAAUGUGAAAUCAAAUUCCCCAGAAGAAAGGUUUUAAAAUUUGAUUCAACUGGCUUGAGAGACUGCAUGAUCAGCUGUUAUGGGGAAACGAGGGCAGCUGAAAAGACAAUUCAGAUAUUAGAAGCCAUUAACCAGAAAGACAUCGCUGAAACACUGAAAGAAAACAUACAACGUGAAAUCUACAAAAAAAUAAAUUUAAAUCUUAACAAGAUGGACGACACAAUCGAGGAUCACAUCACACAAUCUUUGAAUAACCUGCUGGAAAAUGACUUGAAGAAAUUUAAAACCAAGCUAUGUGAAGAAUGUGAAAUCAAAUUCCCCAGAAGAAAGGUUUUAAAAUUUGAUUCAACUGUCUUGACAGACUGCAUGAUCAGCUGUUAUGGGGAAACGAGGGCAGCUGAAAAGACAAUUCAGAUAUUAGAAGCCAUUAACCAGAAAGACAUCGCUGAAACACUGAAAGAAAACAUACAACGUGAAAUCUACAAAAAAAUAAAUUUAAAUCUUAACAAGAUGGACGACACAAUCGAGGAUCACAUCACACAAUCUUUGAAUAACCUGCUGGAAAAUGACUUGAAGAAAUUUAAAACCAAGCUAUGUGAAGAAUGUGAAAUCAAAUUCCCCAGAAGAAAGGUUUUAAAAUUUGAUUCAACUGUCUUGACAGACUGCAUGAUCAGCUGUUAUGGGGAAACGAGGGCAGCUGAAAAGACAAUUCAGAUAUUAGAAGCCAUUAACCAGAAAGACAUCGCUGAAACACUGAAAGAAAACAUACAACGUGAAGCAGCAUUACCAGGAACAAUGAGAGUGACAGUGUCCACGUCAGAGACAAGCCUAGAAACUAUAACAGGCAUUGAAACAGGGACAGUGUCCACACCAGGGACAGGCAUUGACACAGGGACAGUGUUCACACCAGAGACAGACAUUGAAACAGGGACAGUGUCCACGCCAGAGACAGGCAUUGAAACAGGGACAGUGUCCAUGCCAGAGACAGGCAUUGAAACAGGGACAGUGUCCACGCCAGAGACAGGCAGGCAUUGA